UACUUAUUCUGUUGAGUCUGGUAGCGGGUGACAGUAGACAGUGCUGACUGUACAGUUCAUUCUUUAGCGCACUCUUCUCCUGAGAUCUAAACAGUUGUGGACAGCUUUAUAUAGCUUGAGUUGUAUGUCAGCCAGCCCGUCAUUUAGAAUUAACAGUUUCUUCUUGAUGAGAGAAUUUGGGAUUCCUCACUUUAAGAACAAAACAAAUCAAAACGGAUCGUGAUGACUGGUUUCAUGGUGUUAUCAAUUCUCCUGACCCUCCGCUUCCCAGGUGUGGCUGGCGCACGUUCACCCCAAGAAUGCGAUGAAAAUUUCCCGAUGAUUCGAGUGGCCCUCAACAGCAACGUGUCUGUGCGCUGUCCUAAUAUGACGGCAAAAGAAAUGACCUUUCGCCUCUCCAUGGGCAAGGCCAAGGUUGACAGUUCUCGUAUUUUAAUAGAGAACAGUACCGGGGAGAGGGUGAUUCAUGUUCAGGAUAGCCUGGCGCUGUGGGUGAACGAACAAGACCACACAGUCAGUUUUCACAUCUCCAGAGUACAGAAAGAGCAAACAGGGCUGUACACAUGUGAGGCCUGGAUAUCGUUCCCUCCUCCCGGUGGCAAAGUACAGGAUGCACCCAAGACCCUGCUACUUGUGGAAGAAUAUCCUUGUGAGAAGGUUGUGGCCAGUGAAAGGACUUCAGUCUCUGUUCCAAUACCACAAGAAGCAUGCUCCCAAAAGUGGUGGAUACUGGCAGUACUACUGGCAAUUGCCAUCACCUUUGGGGUGGUUGUCACGAUCACCAGCUUUGUCAUCUGGCUCAAACUGAAGAGAGUGGAGUUGUCCCACAACUACUACAUGAACACCAAAGCCAGAGGGCCAGUGGGCCAGAGGAAAGGGGUCCAGCUUCCACUACCGAGAUGGUUCUAACCUCCUCUGUCGGAAACAACUCAUCAUCCCACCUUGUCAGAUGCUCCGUGAAGCGACAAGUUUGUUUUUAAGAUGACGAUAAAGAGUGAGUGAAGCUCUGAUAAGUCUUACCUGAGAAACUGUAUCUAUAAAGCUCGUGUAAAAACGUCUUCUUUUAAUAAUAAUGUUUUUCUUUUGUAUAUGCCGAUACUGUGUGUGAAGUGAUGAACGUUUGUAAUGUUGGUACUUGCCAUUUAUUUUGGUUGGAAAUAUAAAAUUACGUAAUGCCUAAAAACUCAAUUUGCCGUCUUAAACAUACGGCGCUGGAAGAGUGCUGAAGUUCUGACUGUGCCUUAUUGUGUCGCUGCACAAACUGUAGCUGAGCACAAAGACCUCUACAGUGGGGAUGCCCUUAAGCAGGAAAUGAUCUAACGGUAGACCCCAAUUCUGUGGUGGUAUAAUACUCACAGGAAAUAGUGGUUUCUUAGUUAGGGUAUGUAACCAUAUUCAACCCAAAUCUGUUUCAGAAUACAAAUAUGGAUCAAAAAAGGGUGUGUCUUUUCUACUAACUGUUUCAAAUCUCCAAUAAAAUACAGAAAUAAUCAAACAAACUCAUUUAAAGUGUCCGGU